UUGACAACAGGUGCACAUUACAGGUGAUGCUCCGCUCCACCUGUUAGAAGCUCUUGUUCAGCAACUUUUGCGAUUCAUUAACAUCUUCUCAGGCACACUGGAACUACCUUGAGAUGUUGGCAAACCUUGAAAAUAUUCAGUACUUCCAUGACAUGUGCCCUCGAGAGCCGUCAACAGGGGCCCUGGAUCUGGACGUGAUUGAGGAGUAUCUACAGGAACACUUGCUGGAGGUCAUGCCAACACCCUGUGUCCAGCGGAGGAACCAUGAGGAGUGCAGUCUGGCAGAGAACAGCUGGUCUGGUCGUUAUGCAUAUGAAUGGAAUUACGGUGAAGUCUCAGGAACAGAUGAGACUCGCAAACAACAGACUCAGCAGCAGCAGACGUGGCUCUGCCAGUCCAGUCACAACGAGUGGGGACGCUUUCAGUAUGACAGAAGCCACUGCAGUGAUUCAGAUUCGCUCUCCACCAGCUCUGGGUGUCAGGAGUUUCCUCCUUCUCCAACCACAGACAGGACAGGACAGAUCGCGUACGACUCGAUGACACUAGCGCCACUCACAGGUAAAAGGAAGGAGCGACUGUUCCAGUUCUUGUAUGAGAUGCUGCAGACACCAGACAUGCGGAGCUGCAUUUGGUGGGUUCAGUCCAACAACGGGACGUUCCAGUUCUCGUCGCAGAACAAGGAGAAGCUGGCAGAGAUGUGGGGCAGGCGAAAGGGUAACCGCAAGACCAUGACCUACCAGAAGAUGGCACGUGCCCUGCGAAACUAUUCCCGAACAGGAGAGAUCUGCAAAGUAAAACGCAAACUCACCUAUCAGUUCACAGAGAGAACACUGAGAGGCCUGCAGAACAACUCGCAGAGGUUCAUGGGUAGUUAAUGUGAUCUGUCCACCAAUGUUUUUUGUUUUUUUUUUGCAACCCAGGCUCAUUCAGGAAACGUAGCCCCGUGGACGUUAUUGGAGACUGCGAAAUAUGUCCUGGGAGUUACGCAUACAAAUCCGCGAGAGGCCGCUGUGCAUGCUUUUUCGUGUCUCGAACGCCUCUUGUGAGCGCCAUUUGCACCCGCACUGUUCUCGCGUAAAGCCCCCGGAGGCUGCUGUCGAGCGACUGUAUGUCCGACUGACCAAAUGAUUGACUGGGCAACGGCCAAUCAACCGACCCACUCUCCUCUUCCUUCCCUUAACCCAACCAGUUUUACCGAUGGACCCACGGCCGGCCCGCUCGCUUCCCUCCCUAAUCCCAAGCAACGAUUUACAAAAGCCAUCCAGAAAAAGAAAAGCCCUUGUCUGAUUUUGACCGCAUUUUCGUAUUUCAUCAUGUUCUUGCACUGUUACGAACUCGUUCACUUUGUUUUUUGGAUUCUGUUUUUGUCUUACCUGAUUUCUGGAACCGAUCUUCCCCGGACUCGAACCCGGUCAUCGCCUUUGGCUCCC